AUGGAGAGCAGGUCUCACAAACGUAUCCGGGUACUCCAGGCCUGUGAACCAUGUCGGUCAAAGAAAGGCAAAUGUGACGGUCAACAACCGGUAUGCAAGACUUGCAAAAACCUUGGGAUCGACUGCACAUAUGACCCAAACCCAAAGAAGCGCGGUCUGCGGCCAGGCCAGUGCUCUUCCCUGGAGCGCCGCGCCUUACUCCUGGAAUUGCUUACGGCAUAUUUGAUGGCCCGAACACCGGACGCGGAGGAGACCGUUCGUUCGUUCUUCUGCAAACAACCUGACUUCUCGUUUCUCGAGCCAGGAGCCAGGCGGACAGAGCUCGAUGAGCUGUUCAAUCGAUGGAAACAGGGGCCAAUAUCACAAUGGUUGUUCCAAACGGCGAGUGCGACUGAUCCAACUCUAGACCGACUAUCAAGGUUCCGUUCAUCGCAGGAGCCAGGACCUCGACUAGCCAAAGUCACAGGCACAGAUCCUCCGCAUACACGAGCUAUUAAUGAAGGUCGUAGCCAAGCCACUCAGAAUGACGAGAUUGCGAUGGGAAACUCUUCUUCAAACGCUACCUCCACCCUCCGGCUUCCCCAUGAGACAGAGGAUCUAUUCGAGAUUUAUUUUGCGUUCACGCAUACAUGGCUUCCUUUGAUCGACAAGUUUAAAAUCACUGCGUUUGCUCGUAGCCUUGCCUCUUCUCCAUCAUCUUCCGAGCUAGGCGCAAGUCAAUCAGCCAAUCUCAGUCUAAUAUGGGCAAUGAUAGCCUAUGCCUCAUUGCAUGCUCCCGAGUCAUACUGGGCCAAAGACAGUGAUAACCCCAAAAUGACGCCGAUAGUGGCUGCCAAACACGCUCUAGUACUUCUUCCGGGGUACGAUGCGAAAUUCGAACAUGAGCACGUACAGGCAUUAAUUCUGCUGGCAUUGUUCCACUUCGAGUAUGGAAGUCAGGACGUGUCUUGGCUUCUAAUAGGACUUGCGGGUAGAGCUGCUGUGGAUCUCAGCACGCUCAAUCCAAAUCAACACCUAUCAUCGAUCAGUCGACGAACAUCACUUGCCUGUUUCGUGGUAGAAGGGAUUAUUGCAGCCGCCUUGAAUCGAAAAUCUCAACUCCCUUCCCUCUAUAGUGGGGCAACAGAGGGGAUGAAAGAUACUCUAGCCGGAAAUAUCUGUCAACUGGAGGAAGAGGGCUGGGAGGAGUGGAGUAGCUGGGAAAUGCCCAGUUGUAGUGAUACAGCAAUGCGCUCCUCAGCGCCGAGCAGGAAAGAUCCGUUUCGAGUGCUGUCAACCUUCAAUCAGGCAGUGCAAUUAGUGGAAAUCCUCAAUAAGACAACAUUGUGCCCGGGCUUGCUAACAGGAACGAAUCCUCCUGGGACAGCAGUACAAGAUAUCCACGGUGGGCCCCCGCAACUGGCGGCUUGGGUACAGCGGAUCAGCGAUUCCCAUCCAUUCCUGGCACCACAAAACUUGACACGUCAACCGUCCCUACAGAUUAUCAACUUGUAUUGUAUCUAUUGGAUCAUUCGCUGUUUGGUCAGCCAACGACCCAACAUAACUGGACACGAUAGAGAGCAUUGCGAGGAAGAUCCGCGAAAGAUAGCAUCUGCUGUCAGUGAUCUGGCGAUGAAAUAUCAAUCCGCGUAUCCCGCAAGUUCAGCCCCAUUCGCACUUGUAGUGUCAAUAACAACCGCAUUAACCUUAUUGUCUGCCAACGAUCCCUUGAGUCGGUCGUUGUGGAAGGUAUUAUCUGCAAUACGACAGAAUUGGAAGACGAGGAUAGAAUCUGACGAGACCAAUCCGUCUCGCCAGAUCGCGGAUCUCGAGGCAACCUCCGCCAGAAUAAGCGAAACAAGGCAAACGUUUCACCAGAAUCCGGGCUAUAGUUUCCACACCUUGUCGGACCACCGAGUCCUGGGAAGAAACUACCAUGGAAUCCAUGUAUCUCGGCAACCGACAUCUAAUAUCACCGCCAUGAAUCUGUCCAAUACUCUGGAGGUUGAUAUGGCCGGUGCUGAUCCAGACGAGACGGCGUCUCUAUCAGCACGGGAUUUAACCUCGUUAGAUGCUGCAGUGUGGGACGAUGAGCUCUUCACGAGAAACUUGGGUUUCAUACAUGAUUCGCAGUCGGCACUAGACCUGGACUUGAAUCAUAUUUUCGACCCACCUACAUGA